AUGAACCCCCUUGGAGACACCAAAGUAUGGUGUGACAAUGCCUGGGUAGAAUCUAAUCUUAUCAAGCUGUUUAUUGGAAGGACUGAGGAUGUGCUUAUCCGAUGUCAAAAACUGAACGGUCAUCUUGCCGAGAUUACAUCUCCUGGCGAAGAUCAGUUCCUGAAACACCAUAUUGAAACACUUGACAGACAAAAUAGUAGAGAAUGCUUCAGUGCCUCUUCAAAACAAUAUAGUGGCACUACAACUACGACGUACGACGGACACACGUGCCAGCGAUGGGGUUCACAAACUCCCCACAAACAUACACGAACUCAACCCAUCAGGUUUCCAGAGAGAUCUGUGACAGAUGCUGCCAACUAUUGUCGAGAUCCCGACGGCUUAGGGUUACCAUGGUGUUACACAACAGACCCAAAAAUUAGGAAGCAGUAUUGUGGCAUUUACGAGUGUCCGGGUAGGAACUACUGGGCCGGAAUGGCCAUACUGGAAGAUGUCUGGAAAUGGAUCCACACGGAGACUGAACUUGGUCAAGGUUACACUAACUGGCAUCGUAGCCAAAUCUGGGAAUAUUGCGGGGCAUUAAUUUCGGACGUAAACUAUCAAUGGAAGAGAAGAGUCUGUUCACAUACGGCAAUGUACAUUUGCGAACAGUUGAAAUAUACAUAAGAGAGUUGUCGUCUUUUUGUGAUGAACGCUUCGUGAAAUCAGACAUUGAUUGAACGCAGAGCAAUCCAAUUCUAUUCUUGAUUCAUUGAAACAACAUUACAGCUGACAAUGCUGCCAGCGUUCUUUGCCGUAAAAUGGAACUAUUUUACAACACACAAUAAUUCAUGAUCAUAUGAUAUAUUUUGUACAAACAUGAGUAUAAUAUUUGCUGUAUUUGAAUAUGCAUGAAGUAAAAAAAAACAGGAUGAAAUCUCCAGUUCAAAUAGGGAUAAUAGUUAGAUUUAAUUUAUGUCUUGAUAAUA